AGCGGUAGCAGCAGCCACCAGAGGCAGAGUAGCAGCAUCACCUCGGGAGGAGACAGGCGAUUGCAUGGGAAGCUGCAGCACCUAGCAGGAGAAACUGCUUUUGCAGCCAAGUUUCAGCCGUGUCUCCAGAAUUGCAAACCUUUGUGCUGCCUGUCUUUGGCUGGCACGCUGCGUGCCAGGCAGCCCUGCUAACCGCCCAGCCUCGGCGGCGCCCGUGGAUACAGGAGCCAAGUGACCCAGACCAUGGAGCUGCUCUCCACUCCCAAAAACAUUGAGAUCAACAACAUCACAUGCGACUCAUUCCGCAUCUCCUGGGCCAUGGACAAGGGGGACUUGGAGCGGGUCACUCACUACUUCAUUGACCUCAACAAGAAGGAGAACAAGAACUCCAACAAGUUCAAGCACCGGGAUGUUCCCACCAAACUAGUGGCCAAGGCAGUGCCGCUGCCCAUGACCGUGCGGGGCCACUGGUUCCUGAGUCCUCGGACCGAGUACAGCGUGGCGGUGCAGACUGCUGUCAAGCAGAGCGACGGCGAGUACCUGGUGUCCGGCUGGAGCGAGACGGUGGAGUUCUGCACAGGGGAUUAUGCCAAGGAGCACCUGGCCCAGCUGCAGGAGAAGGCAGAGCUCAUUGCCGGCAGGAUGCUCCGCUUCUCUGUCUUCUACCGGAACCAGCACAAGGAGUAUUUCCAGCACGUCAGGCUGCACUGUGGGAAUGUGAUGAAGCCGUCACUGAAGGACAAUAGUGGGAGCCAUGGCUCGCCCACCAGUGGCAUGCUGCAUGGCAUCUUCUUCAGCUGCAACACCGAGUUCAACACGGGGCAGCCCCCGCAGGACUCGCCCUACGGCCGCUACCGCUUCCAGAUCCCGGCCCAGCGCCUCUUCAACCCCAACACUCAUCUCUACUUUGCGGACUUCUACUGCAUGUACACGGCCUACCACUACGUCGUCCUGGUGCUGGCGCCCAAGGGCUCUGCCGGCGACCACUUCUGCCAGGAGCGCCUGCCCCAGCUGGACAUUUCCUGCAAUAAGUUCCUGACCUGCUCCGUGGAAGACGGGGACCUGGUGUAUCGCCACGCCCAGGACGUCAUCCUGGAGGUCAUCUAUACCGAGCCGAUCGACCUCAGCCUUGGCGUGCUAGGCGAGAUCAGUGGCCACCAGCUCAUGAGCCUGUCCACGGCCAAUGCCAAAAAGGACCCCAGUUGCAAGACGUGCAACAUCAGCGUGGGGCGCUAGCGACUGGUGUGGGGAGAGCGGGCAGGCAGGAGGGCGUGCGUGUGGGAGGGAAGGCAAGGCUGUGCUAAUGAGAGGCCCUUGGCAGCGGACACGGGGGUGGCUGGGCACUGGGCAGAGCAAGCACCAUUUAGGUGGGGCCUGGCUCUGGCUUCUCUCUCUGCGCACCCCACUCUCCAGUGUAAAUAUGAACUCUGCAAAGGACCACGGACCCAUGGGAGCGGCGUACACAGGACCUUGGCCCAGGGGUGAGGUCUGCUGGCCCUGCUCUCUGUUGGCUUGUGUAGGUGCAGCCCUGCAGCUAGGAGAGGGGGAGCCCCGAUCUGAUGUCUUUGCUCAGAGCGGAAAGAACCCCCUGCCUGGGACCUCGUGCAUGGGCCCCCGCUGGGAAGACUGGGUCUCCAUCCCUGGGAGUGGAGCUGGACAGUGGUACUUUCACACUGGAAAGAACAAGAGCAGGUGCUGGCACUGCAGGACUGCAAAGCUCUUCCCUCCUGCAGCCAGCACCCUCCUUCCUCUCUGCCUCCCCCUGGCCUCCCUUACCCCUUGUGACUACCCUGUUUUCCCCAGCUCCUUUUGCUGAAUGCCCAGGUGCACCGGAGUCUCACCUGCAUGCAGAUGCCCACCUGGGCAGCUCUUUAGAGGUGCAGUGCUUAGCUGGCACCUAGGUACUGGGGUUGCACCCCGCAGGCCCGGCCAUGGAGUCUGAUCCCAGAGCCCCCUCAGCUCUUGGGGAGCUUGGGAAGGAGCUCCCUGGCUCUGUACCCCACUGGCCAGCGCCCUGGGGUGUGACAGCUGCCUGCCCCAGUUCUCUCCAGGGAGGUGUGGGCAGCCCCACUGCAGAUCCCAGCAGGCCUGUGGCACUCCAGGGGUGUGCUGGAAUUCAAGUGGGCGGCUGCACCCAUCUCGCUGGUGGAGCCAAGCCCUGCCUGGGGGCCCCCACCCACCCAACCAGGCAGCAGAGGAAUGCUGUCUGCCUUGGCUAUGUCCCAGAGUGAGCCCCAGCUCCUGGGGUGGGGGAGAACGUACAGGCUCCCUGUUCAUUCACCCCACCUUGGAACAACCCCCUUACCGGGGGUGAAUAUCACUCACCUGCUCUUGGCUCUGUGCAGCGAGGUGCCUGGUGCUCUCUGGGGCUACUUGCUGAUCCCAGCCCAUCCUGCCACUACCCUGAUGCCUUGCAGGGAGUCUGCAAAGCAGUUUGUCCCCUCCCCAGCAUCGUGCUGACCUGCCCAUCACACUUGCCCACCUGUGGUGUCUCCCCAGCCAGGCCAGCCCCACUGUUCUCCCCCUGUCCAAGCUCCUCUCUCUUCCCUGUAUAAAUAGUGCUGGCUUCUCUGUGCUGCGCUGUGACUUUAGCUUGCAGGACAGCCUGCCUGCACAUGGCCCCUCUGCCUCCCGCCAUGCUUAGACAUGGCCCUCAGCGCUGGGACAGGACAGCAGGGUUCAGAGAGUGCCGCUUCUCAUAGAGCUGCCACUGUGCUGGGGUGUAGGGGCUGCACAUGCAGCAGGGAUGGGUUCCUGCCAAAUUUUCUGCAUUUGCAAAGGAAAUCACCCCAUGGAGGGGCCUGCAGGGCUCCCCAGACUGGCACAAAAGCACCACUCACUGGGAGAUGCUCCACAGUGCCUCAACCCUCAUUGCCAUCUGGCUACUGAAGGGCUUUCACUGGGAGGAUUGGAAAGUAGGACCUUCCUAUCUACAAGCCUGAGCCGUGGAUCCCCACAUCCAGGAUGGUCUGGGCUCACUGACCUUUUCCAUGGACCAGACACUUGCUGGCAGUAAAGUUCCUGCAGGCUUCUGGUCAUCAGCCUCCCCAAAGAGGUACCAGUGGGGUAUUGCCUGCUGUCUAGAGAUGCAGCAUGGAGCGUGUUUAUUGAGGCAGUCCUUAAGGUGAUGCUUGAGCCUUGGCGAUGGAUGGGGGAAAGGGACUCUGCUUGGGAGUGCCAUCACGUUCUCAUUCUCCAUGGCGUUUGGGGUGCCCGCCAUGUCGUGCAACCAGCCGUGCUGUGUUUGCCAUGUGCUGUAGCAGUGUUGUGCUGUGUGUGCUGCUGCCAUGCAGUGAUUCGGGCCUUGCCUUUUUUGACACUAGCUUUUUGGUUUUCCCCUCCUCAUCCUGCAGAAAAUCCAGGCGUGUGCUGACUGAACUUCCCAUGGGGAUGCUGCCUGCACUGAGGCUGCUGCUGCCCACAGCUGCACGUGGUUUCCUGGACAGUGCCAUGAUACUUGGACAUGCCUGGCUCCCCAGGGAUGCCAUGUCCUAGGAAGGCUUUGCUGGCAGUGGGCUGGAUAGCUCCCGCCUGUAAGGGCCAGGGGUGAGCAGCCAGGCCCUCCUGGCAUGACCUCCUGUCAAAAUGUAGCGUGAUCUUCUCCUGGGGACAGGGAGAGUCAGCCUUCCCUGGGGACAGGUGGAGGAGGGUGACAACCCACCUCUUCUGGAGACAGCUGGGUGAGCACUUUUGUCUCUCCCAGGAGGCAGGGUGGCAGAGGAGGAGGGUGUGAGCUGUGCCUUCAGGCGGGGUGGACGAGGAGGGUCAGAGCUGCCCGCAAGCUGGCAAGUGCGGCUGAGGAAGCCUAGGUUGGCAUCAGGGAGCAGGGAGAGAGCAUGGUGUGAGCUCCAUCAGUGACUUCUGCAGCAGAGAGCCUGCGAACCAGAAUCCAUAGGAUGCCCCAGCUGAAUGCAUGGCUGGGGACAGCAGUGCCCACCAGCAGUGGGGGAGAAGCCUCCCUUCCACUCAGAGCAGAUUCGGGACCCAUUUCCCUGCCCACAGCAUCAGCUUUGGAGCCAGAAG